GUGCGCUUUCUCACGAAAAUAUAUCAUCCAAAUAUUGACAAGCUUGGACGUAUAUGCCUUGAUAUUCUCAAAGAUAAAUGGAGUCCAGCUCUUCAGAUCCGGACAGUUUUGUUGAGUAUUCAAGCACUUUUAAGUGCCCCCAACCCAGAUGACCCGCUCUCAGACAAUAUUGCAAAGCAUUGGAAGGCAAAUGAAGCCGAAGCUGUAGAGAAAGCAAAGGACUGGACUCGUCUUUAUGCUGGUGGGGCGUGAUUUCUAUGGACGGCCUCGUGUCUAAUUACAUGCCCAUCGUGGAAGACCAAGGUGCCAUUAUUCGGUUCUGACGAGCAAAUGAAAGCUCAAUGCUUGAACUUUCAAAGAUCAUCCUGCUAAUAUAAUGUGAUGUAUGCCAAUCCAGUAGUCGAAAGCACUUCUCAUGUACGAAUAGAGGUCGAGGUUUGAAGUCUUGCGUCUCUUUGGUUGCUGGUUAUACAUUUUGCACCAUGACCGUAUCGCGGGGUGUUACUGGAGUGCUCAGGCUUCUUGUUCUUUUCCAUGGUGUUCCCCUUUUGACUUUUUCUUAUUAGGACCAUCUUCUACUUCCAUCAAUCUCUUCAGCAGUCUCUGCUUUUGCAUUAGUAAUUUUGUAUCAUCCGAAAAUCUGGUAGCAUCUGCAACUUGAUGAAGUGUCGGUCCAUGCGAUGGUGGGUUUUGCCGGCAUAUUCAAUAUUCAUGCUAAAAGCCUGAAUGACUUCAGGCUAUGGUCGACGGAAAUAAGGAAAAGAGCCUGAUUGUUUGUUUGUCA